CGUCCGCGUUCCACUGCUCACUUCGCGCGAUUCCAACAAUUUGAAGUCAGUUGCGAACAAGAAAGAAAGAGAGAGAGAGAGAGAGAGAGAUCGCGAGGAGAGGAAACGGAGUCGAAGGAAGGGGUCCACUGACCAUGACUGACGUAUAUGGGCCUAAAUGCUUCAUUCUCUCUCUCCUCUCCCUUAAUCCACCUCUUUCAGUGACGUAUAGGGGAUCCCCAAUGUUAUAAUGUUUAUAUAAUGCUUAAAAUUUAAUUUUUUUUCCUUUUCAGACCCUGAAAAGCGACAGCGUAUAAAUUCUUUCACGUCUUGCGUUUACGAGAAUUUAACGCGCGUCGUCCGUUUCGCUUCAGAAACGCAAAGGAGACGGGGCAAACCGGUCAAGUGGCGAGUACUUGUGUUUGUAAACAUGUCCGACGUGAGGGACGCGUUAUUGGCGCUCUGCAAUUAUAUCAAUUCGUUGAUAAACGUAGGUCUGACACCUGAGCAUCUGAGACUGGCGAAAUUUAACGCUCCGGACGGGAAUGUUACCGAGACGCUGCGAAACACGCUACACGUUUUCAGCUAUCAUGCGGCAAGAGAAAAGAGAAGUGACGUAGACUUUCGGAAUUAUGACAAACUGAUGGCAGUGAAGCUACAUCUCGCUUUCCUGGAAUACCCAGCGAUAGAGUUUUACAGCCUGUCGCAGAGCAACAAAGAUCGCAACAGGGACUUAUUGCUAGCCUUAGCCUGGCUUCUGGGAAUGCCAGACGUCCUCAGCAUUGUCCUGCGAGCAAAAUUAGCCGGUGGCGUCCUGGGCUUUGAAUGCUCGCACGUGGAUCCGUCGGAAGAGUCCGUCAUUCGACCCCUAUCUUCAAUUGUAAUACCUGAUGAUCAGCCGACCACCGUCCAACUUGCCAGUCUCCUGCACCUAAACACCAGGGUGAAUCUGAACCUGCGGGAGAUCAGCGAACUGACCCAGGAACGGGCUAACUUAGUGUCCAAGGUACAUGCGGCGAGCGUCGACGUCAGCGGGUUGCCUCACCUCAGCGUGUCCGAAUCCUCAUUGACGAAGCGCCUCGCGACGACGAGCGAGGAUUCCGAGAGUCCUGGUGAAGCGGAAGAUCGACGACGAAAGUACAGGGACGCCGGGAUUCUGUUGGACGCACGCAUCAGAUGGUUGCGGAAGCGUCAGGUGUUCUUCGACUGGAUGGUCACGGUAAUUCAGGAGCAGCGAAGAGCCACGGGGACCAGUCCUAAGAACACCGAUUCGCGGGAACUCGUCGCCUUCAGCUCGCUGCUGCGUCGAGUGAUCAGGAAGAGGCUGCGGGUUCUUGCGUCUGCUGAUGCGGCAGGCGGUAAAUCUCGAAGCACGACCUUGGAUUGCCCUUCUCGCGGGCUUAGAAGUCUAUGUGACGAGGACGUCGAGGCGCGAAACUGGUUGGAUGAUUUGAACGAGCGCCAGAGGAGCGAGGAAGAAGACCUCCAGCGAAACAGGAAGAGGUUGGCCGACGAGUUGGAAGAAAUGCUGAAGUUGAUACCAUCCAUCGUUCGCGUCUAACUCGUCUAUACUAUUAUUUCUUCUUAUGUUAAGCGUACAUAUAUUAAAAUUGACUUGCGCAGUUGGAAAAAGAUUUAUUAUUUUUA